GUGAGUUGUGCUGACGUUAUUCCUUUCCCUUGUGUUGGAGAAUAUACUAACUAUUUUUUCUCUUUGCAGACCCAGAGGCCAGAGCAGAGUGUGAUGCAAGCCCUGGAAAGCUUAAAUGAUGUACAGGUGAAUGACUUCUUGACGGGGAAAGCGCCACUCAACCUCACCAUGCGUCUGGGUGACCACAUGAUGCUGAUCCAACUCCAGCUGUCCACCGUGUCUCCCAGCGGCUCUCGGAGGACCCGCCUGCAGCCCUCCCACUCCCACAGCCACCACGACCACCAUGGGCUGGGAGGGAGCCGCUCCUCCAGCCACAGCCACCCCCUGACCCCACCAUAUACCCCCCACACCACCACCUGCUCUGGCUACUCCCCUGCUCACACUGCCAACCUGUCCAGCCAGACCUCAUCCCUCCCCGCCACCGCCAUGACCAUGAACACGAGUCACGCCACUGCCGCUGCCGCCACUCCCUCCCUCUCUGCGGCCUCCAACACCACCUCCACCAGGGCCGCCUCCCCGUCCUCCCCGUCGUCUUCGUCCUCCACCUCCUCGUCUCCCUCGUACGCAUCUGCCACACUCCACCACCAGCACAACCUCCUCCACCAUCACCACCACCACCAUCACCAUCACCAUCACCACCAUCACAGUAUGGGGUGCAGCAGCUCUCCUUCCUCCCCUCCGUCACCCUACCUGGCCACACCCCCACAUCACCACCACCACCAUCACCACCACCAUCACCACCGGCCACCUGCAGGCUCUCCCUCCACCCCCAGCAGCCCCACCUCCUCAGCCUCCUCUACCUCCAGCGGGUCAAAUACCAGCUCACCAACGGGCCUGGGGUAUGACGACCUGCCCAUCCGAGGCUGCCCACACCGGGGGGAGGACACUGACCCACGGGCCUCCCUAGACACCAAGGCACUGGCUGAAGCCUCACGCAACCUUACGCAAACUCUGAAGCAGCUGUCCUCUGAAGUCCUCACCUCCAAGCCAGACCAGAAGGAGGAUAUGAUUACUCCCCCUGAAGUGACAACUGCCUCACUGGGAACGCUGGGCAGCAACAACAACAACAGUAGCAACAGCAGCAGCAGCAGCAGCAACAACAGCAGCAGCACCAGCAGCAGCACCACCAGCAGCAGCAGCAGCAGCAGCAACACCACCAGCAGCACCAACAGCAGCAGCAGCAGCAGUAGCUCUAGUACUAGUAAUGUUAGCAAUAGUAACAGUUGUAGUAAUAGUACCAGUUCUAUCAGUGGCACUAGCAGUAGCAAUAACAGCAGCAGCAUCACCACCAACAAUAGCAACAGCAAUAGCAGCAGCAGCAGCAGCAGCAGCUCCAGCAGCAGCAGUACCAGCAGCAUCAGCACUAGCAGCAGCUCUAACAGCAGCAGCAGUAGUGCCAGUGCCAGCAGCCCCAGUGCUGGACCCAAGAAGCAGGGAGCCAUCAUAGAGAGCAUGCACCACCACGGAAAAGGCGUGUACUCAGGCACUUUCUCAGGGACUCUAAACCCAGCACUGCAAGACAGGCAAGGGCGACCAAAACGGGACAUCUCCACCAUCAUUCACAUCCUUAACGACCUGCUGUGCGCCACACCUCAGUACAGACGUCACUCCACCAAUAUCACCCUCAGCACCUCAUCGCCCACCACCAGCCAGGGAAAGACCAGCUCUGGCUCAUCUGGGGCAGGCCUGCAGCAGGUCAACGUUGCCUCGGCCACGGCUGCCCUUCAGCCUCAGGACAACCUGGCUGAGUCUGCUGGAAGAAAGAACACCGGCACCACUCAAACAGCUGAACAAGAUUCAGGCGAUGAGAACCAGGCAAUGCGGACCAAAGUGGAACAGCUGCGCCUCAUCAUGGAGCAGAGACGUGCGCGGCGCAAGGCUCGUCGUGAUGCCCGUGCCCGGCCUUACCCCACCACCCCCAGCUCCUGGACCAGCGACACCACAGUUCCCACUGUUGUCACCACCAGCAGCACCACCGCCAGUGCCACCCAGGCCAUGGACGUGGACAGUGGCACGGCAGAGGGUGCGGAUCCCACGGCACUGUGUGAACUGAACUCGGAGACCGUGGUGGCUUAAUGCUGGCCCACUGCUAGAGGAAUGUUAAGGCUUUGUUAAGGGAGGCAGUGGCGUGCUGUGCUGAGCUGGCCGCGUUGUAGUGGCUGUAGUGGUAAGUGGUGAGGAGUGUUCUUUGCACAACUGCCUGUUACCCUGGGUACUGACUUGGCCAAAACCUUGAAGUCCCAUUUACAACAGGCUUAGGGUUUGGCAAGUAAUAAAGGGAAUGCAAGCUGUUUCAUCUGUGAUUUAGGGGUGAAUGUGUUGCAGUUGACUUGCAGUGCAGUGUUGGUUGAUGUUGUGCUUCCACAGUUGGAAAAGUGACGAGUUUCAGGCAAAUCAUGCAAGAGUUAGGUAUACAUGCUUAGUUAAAACCGUCUUGUAAUGUGACAUUAAAUGUCUGUAGAGAAUUUCACAUGUGGAAUUGAUCACCAAACAAACCUGGUAUAAAGAUAGAGUUGUAGCAGUUUGCACAAGACGUUUGAGAAACCCUUAAUUCAUCAUUGUAGUGCCCUGAGACUUAGCCUGGCACCUGCCUGUGGCCAGCAGGGACAUGGUCCACAUGGGUGUUUGAUGGAAUUCAGGACUUGUAUCAGGUGGCCUUGAGAUUCAAGUGAUUUUGAGACCCUCAAGUGAUCAUUCAGUUGCAUGUCAACUUGAAACUGA